ACGAAAAGGAGGCCGAAAGUGUUGAGCAUCCUUCCCUCCUUCCCUACAGCAUCUUCCAUCUGACAGUGCACACUACCCCGCCACGGUUUCACGAGCUGUGUCCACAAGAUAAAUGGGUCUGAAGCUAAGCUGGGCUGGACACAAUUAAACCCAAGCUCUCAGUGGUAAACCAGCGCCACGUAUUUGGACUCGUGUGUGCCUUUCUACUCUGAUGAACCCAGAAGAGCCGCCCAAUAAUUACAAGAUUAGGCUGCCUGCUCCAACUGCGCUAAACACAAAUCAAUGACUGAACACUCUCCCUCCCAUUAUGGACAAGAAAAGUGCCAAUGGUGUUCAGGCCAAGAGCAGUGAGGCGGGGGUUCAGAGGAAGCAGCUGCCCUACUCAGUGGAGACUCCUUAUGGCUUCCACCUGGACCUCGACUUUCUCAAAUAUGUCGAUGAUAUUGAAAAAGGCAACACCAUAAAAAGAGUCCACAUCCAGAGACGGAUAAAAGGCCCACCCAAAUUUAGCACAUUGCCCCGGAACUUCAGCCUGCCUGGACAUGGGGUCAGACCUGCUCCGAAGGAAACCACCGCAUGGUCUGGGACAUCCACUCUGGGACCCAAACCAAAAUCCAGAGUGACAGAAGUCCAGCAGAUAUUUGACUUCAGAAGUGAAUUGGGGUCUACAAGUCAGAGUAGCAGGGGCUUAACAAAUCAGGGCUAUGUCUCACCAAAACCACGCGACGAGACGAGCGUUGGCUCCCGUCUUGAUGAGAAGUCAACAGCAGAGUUACAAAACCGACCAAACUUACUCCGAGCAUCCAGCAUGCCCAUUACUUUGCAGCAAAGAAAAGGCUCUGAUUCAAGUAGUCCAGUUUUGGUCACUCCAGAAAAUGGCUCUUCAGAAAAUAUGUUUCGUGCUUCGCCUGAUGUCACAGAACGGCGCAUUCCCCAAGAUCGGACAGGGCUUCACCAACAGAUCACCGUAGCUCUGAAACGCGUCAGAGAGUUAGAAGAACAGGUCAAAACUAUACCAGAAUUAAAGGCACAGAUAUCUGCACUGAGAGAGGAAAGGGAGAAGUUACUUUUACAGCUCCAAGCUCAGAUGAAAGCCAGAGUUGCAGCUGAAAGUAAAGAUACAGGGACACACAGUCAACAACAAGGACAGCGACCAUCACAAGAGCUUAAAUUAGCUUUGACAACACAGACCCUAGAGACCAAACCUGGGACAGAGAAGGAUGAGGGCGAAGCAAAGACUGACAAAGUGAGACCAAAAGAGGCUGAAACUAGUAAACUCUCAGAGGCAGAAAUCAAAAGCGAACAAUCCAGCAAAGAACAAGACACAUUACAGAGUUCAACUGAGCAUUCAGCACAAAAGCAAUCACAGGAGGUAAUAUCACUUAGGGAGACUGUGGAAGAUACAAAGAUUAACAGCUGCCAACAUGUCAGCCCGGAGAAAGCGAAAACUGACGAGGUAGAUAGUGUUGAGGAACUGCAAGAAAAGUUAAGAAUACUUGAGACCAAACUUUCAAAGGCUACAGAUGAUUUAGAAAGAACUAGUUCGCUAUUGAAAAGGCAGAUAGAAGAAAAUAAGGCAAAAGAGGAGAAAAUUUUGCAGUUGAGCGAAGGGAUGAGGGUGGAAGUGUGUAGUCCAGAAAUGGUGGAGCGUCCGAGGAGGGAAAGCAUUGACACAGGGACGAUUACAGAAAGAGUGGACAUGUCCAAUCAGGAGACAGAAACAGAACCGCAUAGCACAGUGGACCAAGGGACAGAUACGGACAAAAUCUGCGUGGAAGUAUGCUUUCCCCAACCAGCAGCAGAAAGUGUAGAUCAGAGAGUAGACGCAAACCAAGUCCACACUCAAAUGACAGAAAUUGCGGUUGAAGCAGUUGUGAUGACUCCACCAAGACCGAGAGCGAAUAGCAUGGAAAGAAGUACAGAAACUGAGAGGGUAAUAACUCAAGACCAGACCACGGAAACUCCAGUGGCUGAAAGGGUUAACCAGGUGACCGAAACGGAAACUGGGAACAAUCAUCCGAUAAGACCAAGAACCAGCAGUGUAGACAGGGGGACUGUUACAGAGAGGGUGGGUACAGUGGAUAGGGUGACUGAGACAGAGGCAGCGCCAAGGACAGACCAGCAAACUGAAACUGAGAUGGUGAGGAGACUUGAUAAUAACCCAGCAAGACAUGUAGAAACGCAUGUAGAACAGCGUGUAGAGGUUCAAGAGAGGGAAAUUGUAAGUACUGAAAUGGUGGUAGAAGUGGAGGCCGUUGUCAGUCAGACAGAGGAGGUGAUGAACGAAAGUCAAGCAAUACAAGAAGCAAGCAAGAUUGUUGAAAGUGUAGUGGCAGAGAGUUUAGUUGAGGUUGCAGAAACCAAAAUAGAACAGUCAAUUUUAGAGAUGGAAAAGAAAGUCGAUGAGUCUAUAGUUGUAGAUUCAAGUAGUGUUGCAGCUAAAGAUGUGGAACCAAAAGUCGAAGAAAAGAUUGUGGAAAGUAAGGAAGAAAGCAAAGAACCUAGUGAUGAAAAAGCUGAAGUAACAGAGGUAACUGAGACUAAAGUGGGUGUAGUGGAUAAAACAGUGAAAAAACAGGAAGUGGAAGUGGUCCGACCCAAAGUUAAAGAACCUGUGUCCGCUGAUAAGGUGGUUGAAACUCCUAAAACAACAGCUCCUGUGAGACCCCAAAGAGGUAGAAGACCUUCAAAUGAGCAGCCCCAACCUGCACCCACACAACCUCAGCCCGCACCUGUCCGACCACGUAGGGUAUCCAUGGAAACGCAAGCAGCCCAGCCAACCCCAGUGCAAAAAACUACACCGUCCCAAGAACAGAUAUCCACUACCAUCACUACUUCUCAACCUACCGUUCCAACUUCCUCACAAGUCCAAGAGCCCCCAAAAGUCACGCCUGUGCCUCAAGCUAAAGACAAAGUGGCAAAUCAGGAACAAACUCCGUCCAAACCUCAAACAAAAAGUGAAGUUACAACUCGUCCUAAGUCUAUCCAAUCUCAAACCUCAGCAACCAGAAGGAACUCGAAAGAAGUCAAAGCUCCACAAAAGGUGUCUAGUGUCACCCAGCCCACUUCACGAACAACACGCCAGGGAUCACAAGACGUCCCAGCUCAGGGUUCUAGGAGAAGUUCAGGCGGAGAUGCUCAAACGCAGAAAGAAGGGAGUGAGACCCAGCCAGUCCGUAGAGGCUCUAGUGAAGCAGCUCAACGCCGUGGUUCAGGAGAGGGCCAGGGUUCACGUCGGGACAGUGCAGAAACACAACGCAAAAUGUCAAGCGAUUCUCCGACUUCACCAGCUGCCCUGGGACAGGUGGUAACGCGCCUCACAGGGCUUUUGGGUGAACAGUGGGCACAGCUAGGGAGUUCAGGAACACAGCAACAGACAGUCAAUCAGCAGGAGACUCCAAGUGCUCCAAAGCAGACAGCGGGGAAGAAAGCUGAGCCAGUAAAAGGGACUGGAACCAAACCAGCAGGAAAGGCAACCCCCGCCAGUGCAGCAGGUAAACCAGCGGGGAAACCAGCCCCAUCCAAGAUGAGCUCCAUCCAGAGUCAGUUGGUCAGCUCUCUCAGCGUCCUUUCGGCCUUCUACUCCCCGGCCCAGAAAGCAGCAGCAGCCAGCAAGCAGCAAGAGCAAGCUGGACUCAAAUCUAUUAUGAAGAAAAAUGGCGUUGCAGACAAGCCGGGGAACAAGGGAGCCAAGAAAAACCUGAAGUUUGUCGGGGUGAACGGAGGCUACGAAACCACAUCCAGUGAGGAGUCCAGUGGAGAUGAGAAGUCCAAGGUGGAGGUUGAGGAGGAGGACAGUUCAGGUCCAGAACUGGAGAAAGAGAAAGAACCUGAAUCUGAAGGAGUCCAGGAGGAAGCACCAACAGCAGCAGCAGCAGCAGCAGCAGCACAGAGUGAACCAGAAGGGGCAGCAGAGGCAGAGGGGGCAGAGGCCAGAGCGGAGACCCAGCCAGAGGCUCAGGCACAGGGGGUGAAAGAGGAGAGUGAGAAGGGGCUACUGGAUCUAACACCUGAGCAUGAGGUCCUGGAGGAAGAUGGGGAGAAAGUUGACCGAGGAUUCGUAGAUGCCUGUCUCUAUGUAAAAGACCGGAUGGAAGAGGUGUCAUCCCCUGAUAAAGAAAUGCGGCAGGUUUUGGUGGUGCUCUAUCAGGAGUGGUUCAGGGUGUCCAGUCAGAAGGACUCUAAAGCAGAUACAGUGAGACUUUACCUGAGACAAGUGGGGAUGACCACGCCCACCCUCCUGCCCUACGUGGUGAACCUGACCGACGGCAACGGAAACAUGGCUCUGCAUUACAGCGUCUCCCACUCCAACUUCUCUGUGGUCAAACUGCUGCUCGAUACAGGCCUGUGUGAGACCGAUAAUGUGAACAAAGCGGGGUACACUCCGGUGAUGCUGGCUGCCCUCACAGCUGCAGAGAGCCCCGACGAUCUGGAGGUGGCUGAACAACUGUUGAAGAUGGGUGACGUCAACGCGCGCUCACGUCAGGCCGGCCAGACGGCGCUGAUGCUCGCCGUGAGCCAUGGGCGUGUUGCCAUGGUGAAGCUGCUGCUGAGCUGUGGAGCAGAUGUGAACGCUCAGGACCGAGAGGGCUCCACAGCGCUGAUGUGUGCGUGUGAACACGGACACACGCACAUCACACGCCUCCUGCUGGAGACCGGCCAGUGUGACAUGAGCCUCACUGAUAAGAAUGGACAGACAGCCCUGGCAGUAGCUGAAGGAGCCUCCCAUCAAGAUAUAGUUGACCUUUUGAAAUCCUAUGAAAAGUCAACUCCGGACCUGCUCUAAACCAGGACAAUGCACCGAAAAGUACUCAGCCAAUCAAUACAGGAGAGGGUCAACAGUGUACAAUGGAUAAGUAUACUGGGGAUGGAAAGACUCAACUUAUGUAACAAUAAUUUCUUUCUUCCAUACAACAUGCUAUUGAACAGAUAUGCUGCAAUGAAUGGGGCUUUUGGAUCUAUAGCGCCAUCUCUGGUGGAGCAGAAACAACGGAAGAAAUUUAAAAUGAAACUGCUGCUUUUUCAUCAAGCUCUUCAAACCAAGCACAUGAUCUACCUUUUGAAAAUGAAAUAUAAUAUGAUUUCUAUUUUUCUUUAACAAAUUCAACAUCACUCUUUUUGUAUUGAACAUAAGCCAUCAUAAAGUAGUAUAUUUAGAGUUUUGUUCAGAUUAACCAUAUACAAACACAAAAAUGUAUUUUACUGCACUUUUGUAUUGUGUUUGUGUAAAUAAUAAUAAUAAUAUCAGAUAGUCCUAUCAUAUGAGUCAACAAGGCACUAUAUAUCAAUGAGAAAAUAGAGAGCAGAGUAUAUUAUUUCUGGCCAUAUGUUUUAAUGAAAUGAAAUCUACACUAUAUCCAGUUUAAUCCAUUGUUAAAUAUACAAGUCUCUGCUCUGCAUUGCCUCAGUACAGUAUCAUUUCUUAAAGUUUAAAGCUUUGGGAAAAGACAGAAAACUUGUCACUAUAUACUAUGAAAAAACUUUUGUCCAGUUGAAAGAAUUGAAAUUCUCUUGUGCUAUGGAUCCUUCCUGGACCACUGAGGGAUUACAUGGACACUAUGUACUAGGACAGGGGUCAUCAAACUAAGGCCCGUGGGCCAACUCCGGCCCGCCACACCGCUUUGACCGGCCCCCCACCACUUGAACUGGCCCUAUGAGGCAAUCCUCAAAAGAUGUCAUGGCCUAUUAACAAGCCCUUUAUUACUUUUGGCAAAUAAUAACGUGUCUGCAUCUUGUAUUUUGUUGAUUUUUUUCAAUUAAAAAAUGAUAUUUAUAUGAAGUAUUUAUAUUUUAUAUUUAGAUAAUUAUGACAUAUUUACAUUUGCUGCAGAAAUUUUGUCAUCUGACAAGCGCAAAAUCAAACAGUAACAGUCAACGCACACGCAGAGUUCUGUAGUGCAGUUAAGAACAACAAAAUGGCUCAUGUAUAAGUAUGAAAAGUUGACAGAGAGUGCCGAGUUUUCAAAGAACAGUGGACUGCCAAUUAUUUUUUUGUUCAGUGUAUGGGCCGUGCAGUUUGUCUGAUAUAUAAAGAAAGUGUGGUGCUUUUCAAAGAAUAUAAUCUGCGUCAUCAGGGUCAUACAAUUCUGUUAUCCAGCUGACCCGACCCCGGCCCCCAUCACAGUCAGGAGCGAUAAUGUGGCCCCCAGAGAAGAAAGUCUGAUGACCCCUGUACUAGGACAUACAAACUCGUCAGACCCAGUGUCUAACCCACAACCCUGUUACAGAGAUAGUAAUGCUAACCACUCUGCCAAUACACAGUUCACCCUAUGAUAAGAAAAACUUUUGGGGAAAUGAAAGGGUCUGUACCUGAUUUUGCACAAGAGUGAAGAUAUGUUUUCUGACUCUGAAGUAAACUGAGACAGACAAACUACUGCUUGGAUAGAAGAAUAUAGUUGGUUCCACUUGACAUCUGCUUUUUUAUGGUUUUAUUAUGGUGUUUUCAAAUGUAUAGGCACUAUCACUCACUCUCACUUUGUUCAGGAAUGUCUGAUUUUUACACUGCUGAAUGAAGGAAAAGUUGUAAACUAGAACUAGAUCUAACAAAAAUCAGGUACAGACCGUUAAAACAAUUAAAAUAAUUUUCUCUUUGGCUUUGCAGAGCACGACUGUCAUCUUAUAAUACAUAAAAAAAUAAACACAUAACUAAAUAAAUAAGAUGGAGGUGUAAAGUUUAAACAAAGAAUGAUUUUUAUACACAACAAUAGCACAAACAAACUGGUCUUGUGAAGGCAGUAGAGUCUUCUGAAGACUGAUAUAACGUAUGUAUGGCGAAUGGAGGGUGCUGCAUGCAAAUCCCUGGUUACUCCCCCUGCUGGCCACACUGUAGUACUGACACAGUAUGUUCUAAUACUGUCUGGCCUCAUGAUCACUCCAGUUCCCAUCAAAUCCAAUUCACGGGUCUCAUUUAUAAAGCAAAAAGUUACGUACAUGAUUUUCCGCAUUAAAUUAGUGAUCUAUAAAAAUAUUAUUUAAGGGUUCUUAGCAUAUUAUUUACUUACAGGUGUUUUUUACAAUAAAAUAAUACCUUGAAAAAUAAACAGUCUACUAUAAGCAGCUCACCUCUCCACAAUCUGGACCUGUAAACUGGCAUGGAACUAGAUCCAGGCUAAACAACAACAUCUCCAUGGUGACAGAACCUGAAAAGUUGCACUGCGGAUUUAACACGAAAACUAGCGGUCCAGUUUGAAAACUUUGAGCAAAUUUGAGGACAUUCGUGGAAAUUUGUGUCCCUAUAUGAACACUUUUAGUAGAAUUUUCACAUUCAGGUUUAUAAAUGAGACCCCAGAUCCCCUUGUACUGUCUUGUCGCCUGCUUGUUGAACCCAAUCAUGUAUGCAACUGCUACAAAUGCACAAAGAAUGUCAGGCUGCCUGUGAAACAUUCCAAUAUAAUGUAGCAAGAUGAACUACUAAGGCAUGAGACUAACACAGAGACAUGAGAAGAUAUUUUGUCUAAAAAAUGCAUUAAAUCACUAUCAGAUGUCUAUACAUAUUUCAAUAGGUUGUGUUCACAUUUUAGUAUUUGAUGAUUUCAUAAUUUCAGAUGGAGGGCAGGGGCCCAUAUAUAACUCUAUAGGAGAGGCAGGUUUCUUAAAGGAAUAUGCAAACUUAAACUCUAUUUACAAACAUACCUGGAGUUGUGGUUUGUUUCUUUCACACACAAACGCUUCUCUCAAACAGAAACCACUCUGUUCCACCUUGCAUUGUCAUGUGGUAAUAUAGGAAGUGCUCCACUGUGCUUUUAAACUCCAUAUGCCUUCACUAGAAUCAUCUGGAUCAUUUCAGCCCUGGAAUUGCUUAUUUCUACUGAAUGAAAGGUAAAAGAAGCUGUUAACUUGAAAUCUUCCACUACAUGACAUCACAAGGUGGAUAAAGGAUUACUCAAAUAUGUGUGAAUGAAACAAAACACAACUCCAGGUAUGUUUUUGAGGAAGUAACAAUAUUAUAACAUGGCUUAAAGCUCACAAGAUCCAUAAACUUAUCUGUUUUUUUUUUAGGAAUUGAGUCCAUAAACUUGCAUGAAAUGACUUUACAACAUAAUAUUAAUAUGGCAAGUGUCAACAAAGUCGACAAAUAAUUAUAAAAAGCGUGAAUCGUUAUACAGACCCCCGCCCUCCAUCUGAAUUGACAACAUUAUCAUAUUCUAUAACACGAACACCACCUAUAUAGUCUAUUCUACUUUUGUCUUGAGGUAAUAUUAUAUUAAACUGUCAGGGUGGUAAACUGAAAGCAAUGAUGUGAUUGUGUAAGAAUAAGCAAUAUGAAUCGAAUACUACCUUGUCAGUUGUGAUCUGGGCAGGUUGAGUUGUGUUUUCACUUUUUUUAAGCCUUAAUCUGAUGCCUCACAUGCCUACAGCAAAUACACAGCGAUAAUGGAGUUUUGGGACUUGGGUCUGAUUUCCUGUUUACUACAAAUAAUUCAAAGUACAGAAACAUGUUUACACUGCAACCUGAAGUGUCACAAACAAGGAAAAGAACCAGUGGGGUUUUGAAAGCCAAGUUUGACAGAAUAUCAGAAUAAAUAAUAAGGGCAACGCUAGUUAUUAACUGCCACAUAUGUUAUAAAAAAUGUCCAGUUAAUAUAGAAUAAAACAUUGUGUCAAAACAUCAGGAGAAUAUGCUUAAUAUAAAAAUGUACUUUGUCUAUUUUUGUUUUAUUGUUAAAGGUACACUACGUAUUUUUUCUAGUAGAGGGUCCAUCACCAUCACCUGUUGGCGUCUGAAAAUAUUACUGCUUUACCUGAAAAGUUUCACAACAUGGCAUUAAACCCGUCCAUUCUUUCGUUAUUCAACAGGCAUUUCAGAAAAUAUUUGGUUUAGCGCAGUCACUUGCUUGUCGCCAUGGAGAUAGAUAAGAUUUAUGCCGUGUUGUGGAACAUUCCAGGUGAAACAACAAGAGAGUUUAGGACCUUCCACCUAAAAUCUUACAUAGUGCCUCUAAGUUUUUCUGAAAUCUGCUUUGGUCUGUAUAUUUAACAUGAUCCUGUUAUUGGACUGGAUGACUAAUUGAACUGCUUCACUCGUUCAUAAUAAUAUAAUUUUCACUGUAUGAAGACCAAAAACUGAUUCACUGACAGUUAGAUUAAAGUCGCUAAAAACGUCUGCAGUACAGUGUAUGGUGCUGGAUGUGUCAAAUUAAACACCACAAAAUGUCAGCUUUAAGCUACUUCAAGAUUAACAGAAAAGUCUCGUUAAAGGUGCACUAUGUAACUUAAUCCAAUUCAUUCGUUUUUCAAAAUAAAACCAAAAAUAAGAAAAUGAAAAAAACAACUAUUUACUUCAUUAUUUGUGUCCAAAACCAAAAUAAAAAAAAAAAAAAAAACAAAACGAUAAUGAUUUGUUUUUUCAGUUUUUUAUUUUGUGUUUAAGUUAAUAAUGGAAAAAACAGAUAACGGCCGUUUCCUGACUUAAACCAUGCUGGACUGAAACAGAACUAAAACUAAAACAAGACUAAACCAGGUCUACACCCAUACUAAAACAGGAUUAAACCAGGUCUAAGCCAGUCUUGAACCAGUAAACCAGGUCUAAACCAGCCUCAGUCCUGGUCUCAGUCCUGGUUUCAGUCCCGGUUCGGUCUGAUCUCCCCACAGUCUACGCGGGCGCACCUUUGGGCCCAUUCCGACACUCCUGGUUCAGUCUUGGUUUAGUCCUGGUUCAAUUCUGGUUUAGUCCUGGUUUAGGACUGAGACCAGGACUGAGACCAGGACUCAGACUGGGACUGAGACCAGGACUAAGACCGAUCUAGACCUGGUUUUAGUCCUAUUUUAGUCCGUAUGCGGCACAAAAGUCAUAGUUUCAGUCACAGAACUGGGAAACAGUCGUUAUCCAUGUCUUCCAUUAGUCAUUUAAACAAAAAAUGAAAACUGAAAAAACUAAUCGUUAUCCUUUUUUUUUUUUUUUUUUGGUUUUGGAGACAAAUAAUGAAGAAAACAGCAUUUUUUUUCUUUUUGUUUUCUUAUUUUCAGUUUUAUUUUGAAAAACAAUUGAACAAAUGAUACACAGAUUUAACUUUCCUACUUGUCUCCAAUUAGAUGUUAUUGGUUUGCCUUAGAAGUAUGGCAAGUGUUCAAUCAGAGGUGUUUUUAUUGCUCAAAAAUACAAUUGUUACUGUGAGCAGACUCGCCUCUCCACAGAUCUGACCUCUAACUUGGCCUGGUAGUGUAAACAGAUAUGAGAUGAUUACACUUAAGGCCGUACUGACGCUGUGGAGCAAAACAUCUCCACGGAAACGAGCUUAUAGACACUCCAACAGACAAUAGAAAAGUUACGUGGUGCGCUUUUAAAUCAUCUCUAUGACCUUAGUAACAAAAUACAACAAGAAAUGAGGUUGGAAAUGGGCCGUAUUCUCCCCUCAACAGUUUGUGACACAGCUGUAUCAGAGCCACCUGGUUUUAUUUUUAGACAUAGUGCAGAUGUGAGUGGAAGAGUGGCUCUGCGGCAGCCUCUCUCCUCUCUGCUCAUUUAUUAAUAUGGUGCUAAUAUUAACACAUGUAUAUGAACGACUGCACUUCAACGGAAAUGUUCACGACACAUAAUUCUUCUAUAUAAAGUCAAUGGGGCCAUACACUACAGCUGGAAAGUCUCAGAACAGCUGCACAUGUUUGAAAAUCCUCUGGCUGUCUGUCAGUGGUGGAACGUAACCAAGUACAAGUACUGAACUCAAAGGUGCACUAUGUAACUUUUUGGUUGGGGGUCCGUCAUCUUCUUGUUUCUAUGGAUAUGUCAUUGCUCUGUCUGAAAUGUUCCACAGUAUGACAUAAAUCAGCUUCACCUUACAUUUAUUCAGUUAUAGUGGUUUUAUAUCUCAAAAAUACAUAGAAAAACUGUGAAUUCUGACUGUGAGCGGCGUCGCCUCUCCACAGAUCUGAGCCGUAUCUUGGUCUGGUUUGGUCUCCGUGAAGAUAGAGAAAUUCCAGACAAAGCAAUAACAUCUCCAUGAAAUGCAUUUGACAGACCCUCCACCAGAAAAGUUACACAGUGCACUUUUAAUAAAAAAAAAAUUUGGUAUCUGUACUUAACUGAAGUACAUUUUAACCUGGAUACUUUGACUUUUACUUCACUACAUUUGAAAACAGGUAUCUCUAUUCCACUAUAUAUAUAUUUUUUUUUCACAAGACUGAAGAGUAAAAGAGUUAUUAUUAUAGUUUGAGACUUGAGAACAAAAAUGUACAAAUAAAACCAGCUAGGAAAAAGAAAUCACUACUUUUGAAGCGUUACUAUAGAUCUCAAACUCUGCAAGAAAUACUUUUACUUUUUACUCUUUAAGUGCAUUUUUAAAUGGGUACUUUAAUAUUUUUUACUUAAGCAGACUCUUAUUUUUACUUUUAACAUUUUUUUUUGCUCCGGUAUCUGUACUUUUACAAAAUUGAGUACUUCUUCCACCACUGCUGUCUGCACACGACUAAAGCUGGGAGUACACUGUGCGAUUUUUGAGUUUUGGCUUAAUCGUGUGUCGUGCUUCGUGUAGUAAACAUGGGGUAUACAUAUGAGAACCGAUUAAUACCUCAUGACCAGCUCCCGAUUGAGAAUAGAAUAUCAAAACUGAAAUCCAGUCGCCUCUCGUGAGGGUUUCGCUCUGUUGAAAUAGUUCCACGAGCUGUGAACUUUUAAACCCUGUGAUUCGGUCGUACAGUUUGAGCUGAAGAUGACGAUCAAAAAUAUCGCACAGUGUACGCCCGGCAUAACGGACAACAGUUAGUAGUUUGCUCAGCUUUCAGACGCUAUACGAUGUUUCAAUGUGUGCUGGGGUGUGAUGGUCUUCCGUGCCUGUAAAAUAAAAUCUUUUAAUAAACACCUACAUAUGUUUAAUCCAGUGUGACCCGGAGGUUUAAAGCUGCACUGUGUAACUUCUCUGGUGAAAGGUCCCCCCGCUUGUUUGUCUCCAUGGAGAUGUUAUUUCUUUGCUUUGAAUAUUCCACAGCCUGGCAUUAAACUCCUACUAUAAUCUACUUCCAUGGAGACAAGCAGGUGACGCAACCAUAAGCAAAGUUACAGGUCAGGUCUGUGAAAAGGCAACCCCACUCACAGCAGGAACGCAUGUUUUUUUACGAUCGAAAAACACCUGCAGUUGAAUAAAUGAUAUGUUUAACGCUAUGGAACAUUCUAGGUAAAGCAAUAACAUCUCCAUGGAGACGAUCCAAUGGAAGACUACCUCUGCCAGAAAAGUUACACAGUGUGCCUUUAAGAUUUUGGAUCGCGACCAAAGACCUGAAAUCCAGUCUGUUUCACAUUCGGGUUAAAGAUAUUCUCCUAACUGUUGUAAAUGCAGCCAAAUACUUGUACAUAUCGUAUUGUGAAAUUAUAAUGAGUAUUGUCUUGCUCUAAAAUGAUUAUAUGAAGUAUUUAUUCUAAAGGCUAUAUAUUUUUUACCAUAUAUACAACAGUACACUAAACCUAUGUAUGCAUGGACUAAUGUUUUGUGGUUGUGGUGGUGAUGGAGAAGAGGGUGACUGAGAAAAUGGUUGAAUGUUCCCUUAACACGGUGUAUUGUGAAUUUUCAUUGUGCCCAUAUAAAGACUAUGGUUUGUAUAUGAGGAGGAGGAGGAUGAGGAGGAAGAGGAGGAUGAGGAGGAUAAGGAGGAAGAGGGUUUACGCUCAAAGGUGCAGUGUCCCUCCUUGAAACUGUCUGAUCUGUGGUGUUUAACAGACCUCUGUAAUGUUCCUGUGCUCUGGGCGUGUAUGUUCAAGACAGACAAA